GCGUCGUUUUCUCGCUCUUCUCUCUGACCCUGAUCGUACCCUCCCCAUUAUCCCUAUUCGCCUAGGGACAUCUACGAGAAUGUAUCGCGCUUUAUGGGACUCUGGCUCGCAGGGAGAUUUCGUUCACCCUCGAGUGGUUAAGGAAGCUAGCCUAGCUACCUCUGGGUCUCGCUCUCCUAUCUCCGUUACCCUCGGAGAUAACAAGACACAGCGCUUCUUCGAUCAGACGGUCCCCGACCUCCAUUUCUCCCUCACCCUUCAGCCACCGGAUAGUACCCAAGCGCCUCGACGCUACCAUUCCUCCGCAUACUUCGAUGUGCUGGAGACUGGGUACGACUUUAUUCUUGGCACUCCCUGGUCUUGCCGGUUCCGUGGCACAGAGGCCGAAUGGGCGACCGAGACACUCGUUCUCAAAACGAAGUGUGGUCAGACCCAUCGCGUCCUGUUCAUUGGAACCACGGGCGACACCCCGCCCGACCUACUUCCCCAGGACCCUCGUCCCUCAAGGUCCCACCCCAACAUCGCGUUCACUUCCCCUCGUCAGUUUGCUCACUUCAUACGACAGGAGGACGUCACGUUCAACUCAGUGAACGUCAUGGAUCUUCUUCGCUACGAUCCACUCUGUCCCGAGGUUGAGCUCAUCUCUCUGGACCCCGAUCCCCCUGACCCUCCUUCCAUCUUUGCGGCUCCCAUCUCUACAUCCACUCGUCAGCCUACGGAUACCCCCUCCACGUCUCAGGCCCCUGCGCCGUCGACUGUCGAGUCCACACAUACGUCUCGUGCUGGCGCAGACGUUGAGGAACUCACACGGUUCACGGCAGACUUAGAGCCGGCCGUUCGCGACCUGAUUCGAGAGUACCGCGACGUCUUUCCCCCGUAUUUCUCAUACAGCGGGAUUCCCCCGAUGCGCGGUGUUGAGCAUUCUAUUCAGCUCGUGUCUGACUAUUGUGUUCACCAUCAGGCACUGUACCGACUCUCAAUCCCUGAGGCAACGGAACUCAAGCGUCAGCCUGAGGAGCUCCUUCGACUGGGUUUCAUUAAACCCAGUAACUCCCCUUGGGGUGCACCCGUCCUCUUUGCUCGCAAAGCGGACGAAACUCUCCGCCUCUGCAUUGACUACCGCGGCCUUAACCGUUACACGGUUAAGAACAGUUAUCCCAUGCCCGGCGUGGAUGAGCUGUUUGACCGUCUGGCAGGCAACCGCUUUUUCACGAAGAUCGAUCUUCGUAGCGGUUACCACCAGAUCCGCGUUGCCACAAAGGAUCAGCUGAAUGCCGCCUUUCGAUCGCGCUUCGGCCACUACGAAUUCACGGUGAUGCCAUUUGGCCUCACCAAUGCCCCCGCCACCUUCCAGACGGCGAUGAACGAUAUCUUCAGGGACAUCCUUGAAGAAUACGUUCUCGUAUACGUGAACGACAUCUUGGUCUACAGUCGUACCUUAGAAGACCAUAUCAGACACCUCCGCGAUGUCCUACAACGCUUACGCAAGCAUGACUUAUAUGCCAAGCUCAGUAAGUGUCGCUUUGCCCAGCGCAAAGUGAACUUCCUAGGACACCAUGUGUCUGACCAGGGUCUCCACAUGGACGACGCGAAGAUCACUGCUAUUGCAGAGUGACCCGUCCCCACAUCUGCCAAGCAGCUUCGCAGUUUCCUAGGCCUCACUUGCUACUAUUGUAAUUUUAUCC